GGUUUUUAUCAAUUUUUAAUUUUUUAUGAACACCGUGGGUUUUUUAGCUGCAGUCAUUUUGUUACAGCCAAAACAAAAAAUAUUGUUUUACUAAACACACCUUUAUUUUAUGUGUGUUUUUUGAAUUGCUUCUUAUUUGCUUUUUCCCCAUUUUUUGAAGUUUUUCUGAUAUGGUUUCACAGGAGAGGAAAUCCUCAAAACACUCAACAUCAGUUGAAGACCAGAACACAAAAAACAAGCAUAAGACAAAGCUCUCACAACCAUCAACAAAAUCUUCAACUUUGAAGCAACUUCAGUCGAAACGAAAAAUAUCUUCGACCACUGUUAUUACUGAUGCAUAUAAAAAAGAUGUUGUUUUCAGAAAAAAAGUAAAUCAAGUUGGUAUUGAUGCGUUUAAUGAGAAGAGAAAGAGCUGUCCCAGUAAGAGUCAAAGAGCAUCAUUGACAAGUUUAAAGACUGCAGUGUCUGAUGAUUCCUUGUAUUCGUCAUCAAACAAAUCAAAAAAUCCUGUCUUCACUUUCAACAAAAUACAAUCAAUCGACAAACAUAAUGAUGUAAUGGAGGGCAAUUUAAUUGAUUUAAGCCCUCCAUCUAAGGCACUUCCACCAGUGCCGUCUGUUGAAAACAGUUAUAGUUAUGCCGACCUUGAGUUUCGACCUAUGAAUGUUAGAGAAUCUGGAGCUUUUAGUACACCGAUUAAUGAUAGGACAAAAAUUGUUGGUAAACCUCCGCAAGGUGCAUAUAGUUACACACGUGUCAGUUUAAGACCAAUGGCUGUUGGUAUUACAGGUGCAAUUACGACUCCCAUACAAGAUGGUAAGCCAGCUGAAGGUUUAACUUGUAACACCUCAACUCAACAUAUUGAAACAGGUGGGGAUUUGUAUGCAGUGUUGGACAAAGAUACGCAAAAAAAAGACUACCAGUCUAUGGGUUAUGAUUCUGUUGUAAUUACAAAACCUGCCACAAAUACGAAUGUUCAGGAUUUAUAUGCUGCUAUUGACUAUUCAAAUAAAAGACGGCCUUCUGCAGAAGAUGUGCUGACACAAAGUAAUGGAUUUGAUCCAGAUAUUAGAAUUAGAAAUGGUAGCAGGAGAGUCAGUGAUGGGUUAAUAAAUACACCAUAUUUUAACCAUGGAAGAAAACCACCUCCUAUUCCUAGACCAUAUGAUUCUGAUCGAAAGCCAAGCUUACCACCUCAUCCAGAAGAACCUUCAGCUAUAUCUGCAGGGAUGAGGCAACGUUUAGAUUCUUUUAAUCGUAAUUCAGUUUCCACUGAAGAUAUGUUAGGCUCGUGUGCUGCUAAAAAUUCAGGGAUGACUGACUCGUCAAUGUACGAGACUACAGAUUUUUACCAAAGGACAUUAUUACCAGAACCCGAAAGACUCUCAAAAUCUCAUAACGCAGAAAAUUUAAACGAAAUUCGAAAAUUCAAAAAACAGCACCGUCGUAUGAAAUCACACGAAACCGUGGGUAGUAAGUUUUUUCAAGAGCUUAACGAAUCAAGGACGUCAAAUAUGUCCCCUAGUAACUCAUCAUCUUCACUAUCAACCUCGAAGGAGAGUGAAGAUGAUUUGUUGAGUGAUGGAGCGCAUUCAAUUGACAUGAAUGAGGUUAUUAGGAAGGCUAAUGCACUGGGUACUGAUGAACUGCCAGAAGGUUGGCAAGAAGUUAGUGAUGGACCAGAAACUUAUUAUUGGCAUAUUUGGACGGGAACGAUACAAUAUGAAAGACCAGUCGUAUCUACAACGCCUAGCUCUUUGUCUCGGUCAGAUUCACCAUUCUCUGGUCAUGGAUCUAGAUCUUCCAGCGUUUCAGAUGUAAUCGAUGACAAGAACUUAAAAAAUCCAUCACCACGGCCAGACACACCAGAUAAAGCUAAGCAAAUCAUCAGCUUCCCUGUACAUUCGAUGGGUUGGAUGGAUGUCGAUGAAGAAUAUAUGGGACCAAAAAUUAUUGGUGACACCGUCAAUAACUGCAUCAUAACGCUAGCAGAAAAACGUCAUGAUCUGUGGAACACCGCUGAAACGUGGGCCGAGGGUGCUGAUAUCAAGUUGAUUUUAGAAGGACAGACAUUAAAACUUGUUGAGCCCACUAGCCAAAGUGUUCUACAUGUGCAGCCUAUCGCCAAAAUGAGAGUAUGGGGUGUUGGAAGAGUCGAAUCAAGAGAUUUUGCCUACAUCGCGCGAGACCAAAGUACAGGCAAACAUCGUUGCCAUAUGUUCCGGUGCCAUGGCAACGUGUCAGGACGUUCAAUAACUAAUGCGUUGCAAGCUAUCUGUAAUCGUGUUUUGGAUGAAAAAAGACGAGCGAAAUCUAGAAGUGAAAGUCCGUCAGUUCGAGUAUCAGAUCUAUUGAAGCCUCCUCCUAAAACAACAACAAAUUUUAAUGAAAAACCAUACAUGGAACAGAAGAAAUGUUUCACAGCAAAAUAUGUUGGAAGUACUGAAGUUUCCAAAUCGUCAGGUAUUGAUGUAAUAAACAAGGUUGUGGAGAGGUUUUCAGAAAAAGAGACCUCAGCCGACUGGUCUUCUGUCCUUGUUGAGGUGACCACAUCGGAAAUCAAAACGAUUGAUUGCGUUAAACAACAGACAUCGAUGGAACAUAGAGUUCGUUUUAUAUCCUUUCUGGGUGUUGCACAUGAUGAAAGAUUUGGAGCCUACAUAGUUGCUGUAUCAAAGGAAAGUUUCGUUUGUCACGUUUUCUUUUGCGCUCCCCAUGCUGGUACGUUGACGAAAGCAAUCGAAGAAGCGUGCAAGCUUCGUUUUGAAAAAAUGCUAGACGGUAAAUUACAUAGAGGUUCUCAACAAGCAGAAACGCCGAUACAAAAACCAGUAGCGCCAUCAAUUCAACAACCGUCGAACAUUUCGUCUUCACCGCGGGGAAGCGUGAAAGAGAAGACGAAAUUUCUGACAUCUAGUAUUGCUGGAGUUUUCAAUAAAUUAAAUAAAAAAGACAACAAAAAAAAGGAUGAUGAGAGUCUGCAAGGUUCUGGACCUGUCAGUCUAAUUCCUGGUCCGAAUGAACAUCUUGUUAAGUAUUUUGGAUCGGUUGCCGUGGACAUUGGCACUGGUGUUGAAACUGUACAGAAUGCUGUAAAAGAAUUGGCUGGAGGUGAUAUGAUGAUUGGAUACCUGGAGAUCCAAUCAGAUUGUAUUACGUUAUCAGAUUCGCAGCGUACUGCGCUAUCGAAACGCAUAUUUGAUCUAAAUACGAUAAGUUACUGUGGAAUGACGAGUGACAGAAAACACUUUGGAAUGAUCGUGUCACGCGGGAAGGGGAAAUAUACCUGCCACGUGUUUCAAGAGUACAAGCCGAACCUUGGUAAUAUUGUCAACGCUAUACACGAAGUUUUGUAAUUUAUUUAAAAUGAGUUAUCCACAACUUUUAGUUUUAUAAAAGCUUUUUUUAUAAAUAGUUAAUGUUGAGUUGUUACUAAAAUUUAUUUUUUUUGAAUAUUUUACAAAAUGCAUUCUUGUUCGUGUUUCUUUUUUUCACAAUAUUUCUUUUUUCUUUUCAUUAUUUAUUCUGCAUCUUCUUUGAAGGCAUCUUCAUCGAAGAAGGGACUCUGAUAAAAAAAAAUUCUUUUAGUGAGAUGAAAGUUUCACAUGUCUCUCUUUCGAAAUAAAUUUUUAAAAGAAGAUUAUUUGAAGCUCGUAUAGAUUUGACUAUUAAGAAUCACGAGCCUUAUACCAAGAGUUUUAAUUCUGAUCACAAAAAAUGAUAUAGUCGUGGCGCAUUCUUCCAACUUAAUUUUUGUAGCUAGUUUUUUCCUCAAUAUAUAUAGAGAGAAUUAAAAUAUAUUUUUUAAGAAAAACUAUUCAUUCCAUUAAGAAAGAUAAUAUAUUGAUUUUGGAGUUUCGUGUAAAUUUAGUACUAAAUCUUUGUUUAUAUACUGCAAGUCCUGAGGAACUUGUAUUAUUUGUUGUUGUUGUAGUUUUCUCUUUUUAUUUUUUUUUAUUUUUUAUGGUAAAGAAUGUAAAUUAUUUUUAGAAAAAAAGUGUUCGCUAGUCGAACAAUUCUGAUU